AUGCUUGUUGAUCUAAAAUACGUUGAUGAAGUUCUUGCCUCCGAAAAAGCAAUACCAUGUAAUUGUGUAUCAGAUCUAUUUCUGUAUCUUCGCAAACGACGUUCAGAUGAGCUGAUAGGGUCUCAAAACAAAGCGCGCCAAAACAAAGAUGCCACAUUUAACGCAGUAUCUGAUAUGGAAGAGAUUCAGAAAGCAUGUGAAUUGUAUGGUUUAUCUUUUGCAUAUCGGAUAACAUGUCUACCAGGAAUGAAAACAGUACGAUUAUUGGGAUCGAAAAUAAAAACCCAUGGCACCGUAAAAGAGGAGACAAAACAGUCGUAUGAAGCACGGAUUUUAAGAAACCCGAGCAUUAUGCAAGAAGGACGAAAAACAAAGGAUGUUCUUUUUUCUGCGAUUCAAAGCUUAACAGAAGAAGUUAAUGCACUUGAAUCUGUCUGUAAAAGAGAGCUAGAGCUACUGAAAAACAGUAACUUCAAAAAGAAAAUCAAGGAAUGUAAAUCAAAUUGGGGGGACAACGGAUGA